AUUAAUUAUUUUUGGCCCAAAAAAGAUACGUCCGAAAAGUGAGUUCAAAGUCGCGAUCACGAAUUCAUUCAACAAACGAGUUGAAUUACAGGCAACCCUCAAACGGAACGACUCAUCGAUUAUAGUUGAAAAUCGUGAAAUCGGUCGACGGUCUUCUAAAUUAAUAACAUUCAAUGUGGCUGACAUAAAAGGAAGUUAUAGUUAUGAAUUGGAAGUGAAGAGCUUAGACCGAACUUUUAGGUUUAUUGACACCGCUGACUUGGAAUAUGACGCCCAAACUGCAAUAACACUCAUCGAAACUGACAAACCAGUGUACAAUCCGGGCGAAAAACUACUCUUUCGAGUUAUCGUAGUCGAUAUUCACACAAAACCGGUGACAAGCAUCGAAACUGUUGAAAUUUCAAUCACAGAUUCGCUUAACAAUGUGUUCAGGAAAUGGCCCUUCGCUAGAUUACACAAUGGUGUUUUUGAUUCGACCGUACAAUUAUCAUCAUCCGCUGGAAUCUGGUCGUUAACGGUGCUUGUUGAUGGCGUUGCAGAACACAAAUACUUCGAAGUAAAGGAAUUCGUUAUGCCUAAGUUUUUUGUUAUGGCUACCCCGUUGAAACCAGUUUUGCUGGAUGACCCAAUUAUAUCGAUCAUGCUAGAAACAGCAUACACGUUCGAUCAUCCAGUGGAGGGUCGUUACAAAGCUGAACUGUUUCUUGAUGAUCCUCCUGGACCCCCGGAUCACAUUGCACAGGGUCAAAUCAACGGAAAAACUACUGUUCAUUUUCAUUUGAAAAACCAAGUGCAUAUGGAUGGCGGUUCGGAUUUCACUCAGGUUACUUUGGUGGUUCAAGUACAGGCAACUUUAUCAAAUCAUACUGAAAACAUAAUUGAGUCGCUACCAAUAUAUCGGUAUCCAUACAAUAUGAAAAUUUCAUCGAAAACAGCAUUCAGACCAGGUUUGCCAUAUACAAUUUCGUUGAGCAUUAAGGAUCAUCUUGGACGACCUACUGGUGCGAACAAACCAAACCACGCUGUGAUUACAACUAAUUUUGGCGAUUCUGAGACAAGCUACCCCGUCUGGUUGAGCAACUUCGGAGAAGGAAGCAUAAAGGUGGAUGUCCCUUCCAAUGCUGAAGCUCUAAGAAUAACGGGCGAAUAUGAUGGGCACAGCUAUGAUUUACUUCACAUUCAUGACAUUGGCGUGGAAACAUCGGAAAGUAAAAUGUACAUAUCAGUCGACAUUGACCCCAAAUACAAAAGUAUCAAGGUGAACAGUGCCGUACGGUUUAAUGUUACCAGUACCGAAAAGAUGUCCUACUUCGCGUACAUCGUGGUGACUCGUGGAAUCAUCAUCAAAUGCUCAUAUGUAGAAGUACUGAACCACAGGACCUAUUAUUAUCUGAAGGUCGACAUGACACCAGCAAUGUCUCCAGAAUCCAGACUGAUAGUGUAUUUCAUCAAAAAUGGCUAUGUAGUGUAUGAUGACGUCGAACUGAAGUUUGACAAGUUCAAUAAUAAUUUUGCAGUAACAUUGGAUGAGGACACAUUUGUUCCCGGGCAAACCAUUUCCGUAACGGUGAAAACAGCCAAUGACUCGUAUGUUGCAUUAAGCGGUAUAGACCAGAGUGUAUUGCUGAUAGGGAGAAAAGGACAUCAUUUCGACAGGAAUUAUGUACUAAAUGAACUGGUAAAGUACGGAAAAACGGAUAAUAGUACGUUGGACUUGAUACAUACUUUUGGGCUAUUCCUGAGAUCGACGGGUCGUAUAGAUAGACCAUCAUCACGAACUGGCAUGCAACGUUUCGGAAGCCCACUUUUAAAUGACAGGCCCUCUUUUACACCAAGACCGCACGUUCGCACGCAGUUUAUAGAAACGUUUCUGUGGCAAAACUUCACCAUGAGUGGCAACUCUGUGACAAUAGACGUUAUUGCUCCUGAUUCAACCUCAAAGUAUUUCGUAUCUGGUUUUGCUUUGAGCCCUACCAUGGGACUUGGGUUGAUCAAACAACCUUUGCAAUUCAUUGUGAAACAGAAGUUUUAUCUGGAUGUCAGUCUUCCAUACUCGGUCAAGCGUGGUGAAGUCCUUGUUGUGCAAGCAAUUGUAUUUAAUUUCCAUCAGAAUAAACUGACGACCAUGGUUACGCUAUACAGCAAGAGAGGCCAACUCGAGUUCGAGGAAAAAUCAUCAAACGAUCUAUCAUACCGAACAAAAACAAUAAUCGCUGAAUCAAACACGGGAACUUCAGUGUCAUUUAUGGUGAAAGCAAAACAAAUUGGACUUGUUGCAGUCAAACUACAAGCAGAGUGCGGCAUAUCUAACGACGCAAUUGAACAUAUGCUGCGGGUUACACCGGAGAGUCAUCAGUAUCGACAUGUCAAAAACGAAUAUAUUCAGCUUCCAACUUCCAACACGACGUCCAUUGAUUUUGUAUUGAUAGUUCCGAAGAAAAUUGAUGCUGGAUCUUUGAAGAUCCAUUUCACUGUGGACCCAUGUCUACUUGGAACCGCGAUUGAAAAUCUGGGAGAUUUGAUUCGGUUGCCAUCUGGAUGUGGAGAGCAAAACAUGAUUCGCUUUGUGCCGAACAUUGUCAUAUUGGACUACCUCAGUGAAGCAAACAUCGUAGAGCAGCACGUUAAAUCGAAAGCCAUCGACUAUCUUACCAGAGGUCUUCAACAGCAACUUAAGUACAGGCGCAAGGACGGUUCUUUCAGUGUUUGGGAAAAAUCGAAGAAAGGUAGCACGUUCUUAACAGCUUUUGUGGCCAAAUCGUUGAAAAUAGCAGCAAAGUAUAUUGAGGUAGAUAAAGCCAUCGUAAAUAAUGCUUUCGAUUGGUUGGUAAAUAAACAGCUUUCGGACGGACAAUUUCCGGAGGUGGGCACUAUUAUCCACAAAGAAAUACAAGGUGGAAUAUCGUCAACUUCAUCGAGAUUUGCACUUACGGCAUACGUUCUAAUAGCUUUGGCGGAAAACGAGGAAGUUCGAAAAAAAUAUCAAGUAAAGGUUAAUUUGACUGCUGAUUAUCUGAGAAAUAAUUUGAACAUUAUUGAUGAUGAAUAUGAUCUAGCAUUGGUCACAUAUGCAUUCUUUUUGAUAAACGAUCGUCGGAAAGAGAUUUUUCUGAAGAAACUCAUGAAAUCCUCCAUAUACGACGGAACCGCUAAUGAGCAAUAUUGGAGCAAAAAGCCUGUCCAGAUCGAAAUAGCCGGAUAUGCUCUUCUAACGUACCUAUUGAAUGAUAUGGCUGCCGAUGCCACGCCCAUCAUGCGUUGGCUGAGCAGGCAGCGAUACGAUCGCGGAGGCUUUGAAGGAACACAGGAUACCUUUGUUGGGCUGAAAGCUUUGGCGGCAUUCGCCGCGACUGUAACGCCUACUAGGAAUGAUUAUCGAAUCACCGUUUCUGGAAAAAAUAAGAUCACAAAAAAUUACGACAUUUUACGUAAAUUUGACGUGGAUCAUACGCAUAGAUUGAAAACUCAGACCACAGAAAUUUUAAAUGACAUUAACCAACUGCGUGUGGAAGUUAAUGGCAUUGGCUACGGUGCAAUACAAGUGGCUUAUCAGUACUACCAAAACAUCAUCUCAGUGCCAUAUGCGUUUGCUUUAGAUGUACAGGUGUUGUCCACAACCACCGAUAAUGCGCUGCAUUUGAAAAUUUGUGUGGCAUAUAAUCAAACGACAGCCCAAGAAAGGUCAAACAUGGCCUUGGUGGAGAUCUUUCUGCCCAGUGGAUUCAUUUUCGAGAAGGAUGCAGUGGAAGACAUUAGCAGGCGAAUCAUGAAUGUGGAGCGACGCUUUGUUGACACUUCCCUGGUAGUUUACUUCGAUUUCUUGACCACUAUCAAAUCCUGCUUCAAAGUGACUGCCAAACGCUACUUUAAAGUUGGAUUACAUUUGCCUUCGUAUGUUAUGGUUUACGACUAUUACGACAGAGAUAAGUUAGCCAUUAAACAAUAUGAGGGUAAAGUAAUGCAGCUUUGUGACAUCUGCGAAGAUAUAGAGUGCGAUAAAUUGUCUUGUUGAAAAUGAAACAAGGCUGGGCGCAGCCUUGUGGUCGUGAGGAUCAUUCGUUCAUCGUUCGCUCUAUUAGGAUACGCUUGCUUUAUACUGGAUACUGGACAUUGGAUACCCGACCCAUGGCAAUAUAUGGACUUCCCCUCUGAUGGCCUGACGAACUACAACAGCAUCAAGAACAACAGCAACACCACGAGAUUUUCGUUCUACCGU